GUUCAAUAUUUAGAUCGCACUAAGAAGGUUGAACAGUGCUUUGUAAAUACGGGUGAAGCGGCGUCCUACAAUUACAACUUGUAUUUCUUGUUUCAGACAGGUAUAUUCAAGAUUGGUAUAUAGGGCAAAAACGGUUUCAGAGUCUUUAUUACAUGUAGCUGCGGCGAGAAGGAUUGAAGGAUAUAUGUUCAUGUAAUUGCAGGUUCAGAAAAGUGUCUAUCUUUGCAAUUAAAAUAUGAUAAAGUACUACAUUUUUACGAUAAUUUUGGUAGUAUCUUUGGUGAAAGGAGAUGACGUGGUUAAUGCCGUUGAAGUCAAAACGACGUCAGGUUGGGUUAGAGGUUAUGAGGAAAACUUUGACGAUGGAAAAGUAUUUAGAUUUGUGAAAAUACCGUUUGCCAAACCUCCAAUCGGAGAACUUCGUUUCAGGCCACCUCAGCCUAUUGGAGAAUGGGAAAAAGUUCAAGGAAUUUCUGGAGCGAAAUCACCGAGUUGUCCUCAGUGGUACUUUCCUCUUCCUGGAUUUAAUAGUUCACAGACAGAGGAAGAUUGUCUGUAUCUCAAUAUCUAUGUUCCUGGUAAAAUUUCGACAGCACGAAACCUUUCAGUGAUGGUAUGGAUCCAUGGGGGCGGCUUCAUUUUUGGAGCUGCUAAUCAGUACAAGCCACAACCAAUGGUUUUAAAAGGGGACGUCAUAGUCGUAACCAUCAAUUACAGACUUGGACUCUUCGGCUUCUUUACAAUGCAUGACCCUCUGUUGUCGGGAAACUACGGAAUAAUGGACCAAAUCGAGGCUCUCCGUUGGAUUCAUAACAACAUUGCUUCUUUCGGUGGAAAUCCGAACUCAGUGACCAUCUUUGGGGAGUCAGCAGGUGGUAUGUCUGUUAGUUUGCUAACUCUGAUUCCAUCCAACGAAGGUUUGUUUAAACGAGCUAUAUCUCAAAGUGGGAUAGUGUCCACUGUUACCGUUGCAAAGAAGGAAUGGGAAAUAAGAACAAAAGAUUUAUUCUUAGAAAGAACAAAUUGCAACGACAAAGGAGAUGUGGCAGAAACCCUACAUUGUUUACAAGAACUACCCGUUGAAAAUAUUACAAAUGCUAUGACAAUGCUCGAUAUAACGGAUUCCCAAAAUGCGACUUUUCAAGUUGGAGGACUAUAUCCAGGUGCAGAUGGCAAGCUUAUAGAUAAACAGAUGGUUUAUCCGAAAUCUCCUGAAGAUAAAAGCUAUACAUUUUUCCGUUCUCUGGAUUUUAUGUCCGGUACUCUAGACGGUGAAGGCAAUAUGCUGUACAUGGGCUUGUCACCUGAAGUUCAAGAAAAAUAUAACUUUAAUGUCACAGAAAAAAUACCAAAAGGUGUUUUAUGUGAGAUGACAGCUCCUGUCUUUAUCAAUAACGCAGUGGGAAAUGUUCCAGAAUUAGUUCAAGAAAUCUGUGAUUUCUACACCACCACUGAAAGUGUAGAUGCCCAAAGUAAUAAAGUCUGCGAGUUUUCUGGCGAUUCGACUUUCAUCGUGCCAAGCAACAUAAUGCUGUCAAUUCACGCCAGAGACAAUACACUGUCAAACACCUAUCAAUUUCUUGUAACCAAGCCGAGUCCCUUGCCUUUUGGAGGAAAUCCGCCAUCUUGGUUAAAAGGAGCCGGACAUGGAGAUGACAUACGUUUUUUCUUCGACUUCUCGGACAUUCUGGAAAUUCCGGAGGAAAAAAGGAAAGUAGUUGAGGAAGAUCAAGGCUUAUCUGAAAAAAUCAUCCAAUACUGGACUAACUUUGCAAAGUUUGGUAAUCCAAAUGGAGAGAGCAUUCCAAAGUGGCCAUCAUAUGACGCCAAUAGCAAGCAAUACAUUAUCCUCGAUGAACCAAUUAGAACAGGGGAAAAUCUAAAGUCCGGAGCGACUGCUCUUCUUAGUAGAAUAUUGCAAAAUGGCCGUCGUCGCUUAAUUCGGGAUGAGUUAUAAAAGUUGGAUGGAGUAGUUAUGGAGUGACCAACAUGCAGCUCUAAAGAAUUGCGGAUAUACAUACAGUGCUCAUUUUAUGUUAGAUUUGAAUAUUGAUCAACAUUUUGUCCAAUUUUUUUUUACUUUAUAAAUAAAAUAUAAUUGUAACAACGCUGUUUUAGACCUCUCUUUUCUCAGUAUUUUGUUUGCUAAUACAUUUAGUAUGACAUUUAACCCCUGAAGUAUAGUGUAUAUUGUCAGUAACUGAGGAAAAAAUAGGUAUACAUUCAGUUUACAUAAUAAUCUAAGUGUAAAGAAUAGCCAAGUGGUCAAUACGAAUAACUAAGUGUUUUAUAACUUACAUGUAGUUAUUAUUCAAGUGGUUUUUUAAAUUCUUUUUUAUUCUAUGAAUCUCUCUUUACUUGCUGUGUACUAAAGAACAAAAGGUUUCUCCGAAACGUUUGACAAUAUUCAAUCGUUCGUGUCACAUUUUAGUGAGAUAAUUUGAAGUAUCAUAUCGGAAGAUGAUUUAUUUCACAAGAGCAAAUAUACACUCUUAAUUUUUUUUUUAAAUGAUUUGUCUUUUUGCUGUUUACCUUUUCUGUGAAUAAAAGUAUA